GGGAUAUUUAGGACUCAACCCCUGGCGUUGAUAGCCAGCUGCUCUAGACUUAAGUGUGGAUCUCACCAGCGGUCCGUCCGAGCUCAAGCAAUGCAGGGAGUAUUGCUCCUCUGGGCCCUGGCUCUGCUCCCAAUUGCAGCUCCAGCAACUCUGAAUCCUUACUAUGUGGUAGUAAUCCCAGCCAUCAUUCACCAUCUUGGCCAUGAGAAGGUCUGCAUCCACCUCAGCUCCCUCCCUGAGACUGUCCACCUGGCUGUCACCUUGGAGAUGCAAACCCAGAAUCACACCCUGAUGGAGAGGGAUGUGGAGAAGCCAGGAAUUUUUGAGUGCAUCAGCUUCAAGGUGCCAGCCUUCGUACCUAGGGGAAAACAGUUUAAUGAACCAGCAGAAGAAGUGGCCUCUGUACAUGCAGUGAUCCACAUGGGGGAUAGGGUGAGCUACGAGGGCCGCAAAAAGGUGCUGGUAAGAAGACAGAAGACAAGGAUUGUUAUAGACACAGACAAGCCCUUCUAUAAACCUGGAGAGACAGUGAAAUUUCGAAUUGUGACCCUCGAUGAGGAUUUUAAGGCCAUUGAUGAAGUGCAUCCCCUGGUGCUGCUGCAGGAUCCCCAUGGGAACCGGAUUAGCCAGUGGGUGGACGUGAAGCCAAGACAAGGCAUUGUGGAUCUGUCCUUCCCCUUGGCCUCUGAAGCAGCCACGGGGAAAUACCAGAUCAAAGUGGGCAAGGAUAUGCCUCGAGGGCUUGAGGCAACCUUCAAGGUGGAGGAAUAUGAGCUGCCCAAGUUUGAGCUGGUGUUUAACGUUCCACCACUGGUCACCACUUCGGAAAAGAAAUUUCAGUUCACGGUUUGUGGCAGGUACACCUAUGGGAAACCUGUUCAGGGGAAGAUAGAGGUUAUUUUGGCUCGAAGCCUGUUCAAUCUCCAUGAAAAAGAAGAAAACAUUACAUCGUCCAUGUGCACUGCGGCCCAUGUGAACCAGACGAACAAGAAAGGUUGUGCCAUUUUUACAGUAGAUAUGGAUGAGCUAGAAAUAAACAGCACUGGCUACGGGAACAGUUUUUCCAUUGUAGCAGAACUGGAAGAAGAAGGAACAGGAGCCACGAACAUGGGAACAGUCACAGUUGCUAUCGCUACCAAGGUAGUGGCGGUGAACUUUGUCAAUCUCAACCCCUUUUACAAACUUGGAUUUCCAUACACGGGAAAGAUGCGCUUUACCAUCAAUGAUGUUCCCAUCAAAAACCGCACUGUCUACCUGACUGUGGAUGUCAAUGAUGUGGAGAUGGACCUGCCAUAUGUCACAGAUGAGAAGGGCGAAGUCCACUUCUCACUAGACACUGCAAAAUGGAACAAUACUCUAGUUUCUCUGAGGGGCAGAUACUCCAUUGUGAACAUAACCGAGAGGGAUCUCCACACCAUUUUAGUAGCACAACAGGAGGCUUACAACUGGCUGAAACCCUUCUACUCUGAGAGCAACAGCUUCCUAGAGAUCCAGCAGGUGGAGGAGGAGCUACCCUGUGACCAGGAACAGGAAGUGCGGGUGGAUUAUAUCCUGGACCGGAAUGAGCUGGGCCCUGGGGCAGAUCACGUGGAUUUCUAUUAUUUGGUUGUCUCAAGAGGCAGGAUUGUUCUCAGUGGACAGACUCAGGUGCCAGUUGGUCAGGAUGAGACACUGAAGGGCUCCUUCUCAUUGACUCUGCCCAUCAGCUCUGAACUUGCACCCUCUGCCACACUUUUGGUUUAUGCCAUAUUCACUGAUGGAGAGGUGGCAGCCGACGUGGAUGUGUUCAUAGUCAGCAAGUGCUUCAAACACAAGGUGACACUGGACUUCUCAGAGGAGGAGGACCUCCCAGGGUCAAAGGUCAAUCUGCACCUGAAGGCCGACCCUGGCUCCCUGUGCUCUGUCCGUGCCCUGGACAAGAGCGUCCUCCUGAAGGAUGAUAGAGUCAUGACACCAGAGAGUGUGUACAAUCUGGGAUCUGAAGAGGAUUAUAUGAUUGGUGGCCGAGGAUUUGUUUAUCGCUUAGAAGACUUUGAGCCAUAUCCUUGUCUGCCCCCUGUCCUUCCCUUCCCCACCACUCCCCGGAACAGACGCUCCUUGAUGGUAGCUCCCUGGUAUCAAAGCGAGGCUGAUGUCUAUAGUCUGUUUAAGCAAUUGAGAAUGAAAAUUUUAACCAACACCAAAGUGAAGAAGCCAGUUUCCUGUGAACGGCCAACCUACGAGAGAAGAAUCUUGCAUGCUGUCAGAACCCAGGACAGUGAUAAUGUCAUUCCCUUGCCUGUUCCUCAACCACAUGAUGGUGUGGCGCCAAGCCCUGAGAAGGAAAAGAAGACAAAACCACGGACACAUUUUCCAGAGACCUGGAUCUGGGAUCUGGUCCCCGUUGGUGAGGAGGGGAAGGCAUCUCUCCAGGCCACUGCUCCUGACACCAUCACAGAGUGGCAAGCCGACAUGUUCUGUGUUGCGGACAGUGGCUUUGGACUCUCACAGCCGGCCAAGUUCAGGGUCUUCCAACCCUUCUUUGUGGAUGUGACACUGCCAUACUCUGUGGUCCGGGAAGAGACCUUUACCCUGAAUGCCAACGUCUUCAACUACCUGAAGGACUGUAUCCAGGUGCACACCAGCCUGGCAGACUCUCCGGAGCUCCAGGUUGAGUCUUGCUCAGGCUGCCAAUACACCAGCUGUCUCUGCGCCAAUGAAGCCAAGACCUUCUCCUGGAACGUGACAGCCACCAAACUGGGCAAGGUGAAUGUCACCGUGAGCACCGAGGCACUGGAGUCACAUGAUCUGUGCGGCAAUGAGAUCGCCGUGACACCCCCACGGGGACAGACCGACACGGUGAUAAAAUCCCUGCUUGUCAAGCCGGGUGGUGUCCUCGAAGAGAAGACUCACAACGUCUUCCUGUGUGCUACAGAGGAUCCAGUUACUGAUGAAGUUUCCCUGAAGCUGCCAGAAGGAGUCGUGGAAGGAUCAGGCCGAGCCACUGUCUCUGUCAUUGGGGAUAUCAUGGGCACAGCCUUACAGAACUUACACCAGCUACUUCGUUUGCCCUUUGGCUGUGGUGAACAGAACAUGGUCAUGUUUGCUCCAAACAUCUUUGUACUCCAAUACUUGGAGAAGACAAAACAGGCUACCCCAGAGAUCAGAAACACGGCACUAAAAUUCAUGAAGACCGGUUACCAGCGCCAACUGCUCUACAAACACGACAACGGCUCCUACAGUGCCUUUGGGAAGCAUGAUGCCGAGGGCAACACCUGGCUGACGGCUUUUGUGGCCCGGUCCUUUGGCCAGGCCAGCUCCUACCUGUACAUCGAUGAGCGGCACAUACAGGAUGCUGUCCGCUGGCUGGGACAGAACCAGCUGCCCAGCGGCUGCUUCCAGAGUGUGGGGAAGCUCUUCAACAAUGCCCUCAAGGGUGGCGUGGAUGAUGAGAUCUCGCUGACGGCUUACAUCACUGCCGCGCUGCUGGAGCUCCACCUGGAGAAGAAUGGCACCAUGGUGGAUGACGCUUUACUCUGCCUCAAGAAGGCAUCACACAAUGUCAACAGCACCUACGCCCAGGCCUUGAUGGCUUAUGUCUUCACACUGGCCAAGGACAUGGAGACAAGGCAGCAGCUCCUGGAGCCGCUAGACCAACUGGCUGGCCAACUUGGAGGGCACCUGCCCCAGGCAAAUGAUGAGGACUCCUCUGAAGCAGUGAUGGAAGAUUCUUCGUCAUCAAUUGAGACAAUGGCCUACAUCCUCCUAACUCACAUUUCCAAACCAGAGGUGUCAGCUGCAGAAAUCUCAGCUACCUCCCAGAUUGUGCGCUGGCUCACCCAUCAACGGAACCCCUAUGGGGGCUUUGCCUCCACUCAGGACACAGUGGUUGCCCUUCAGGCCUUGGCCAGAUAUGCAGCCCUGACAUACCACGAGGCACAAGGGGUAAAGGUGACGGUGCAAGCCAAGGAGGGCUCCCAGCAGGAGUUCCAUGUGGAUAAGAAGAACCAGCUGGUGCUGCAGCAGGCAUCUCUCCCUCAAGUCCCAGGGGAGUACGUGGUGCAGGCAGUCGGGAAUGGCUGUGCGUAUGUGCAGACGACGCUGCGCUAUAACGUCCCGCCCCCAGACAGCAAAGCGACCUUUGUCCUGGAUGUGAAGACGGCACCUGAGGAGUGCAACCAUGCUGCCAGGAAACACUUUGACCUCCAUGUGCAAGUCAGCUACGUCGGAGAUCGGGAGCGCAGCAACAUGGCUCUGAUAGAGGUGAUGAUGCUCUCAGGGUUCGUCCCCGUGAAGAAGUCCUUGAAGAAGCUGGAGAAGAUGCCCCUGAUGAAGAAGACGGAGGUCGAGCCCAGCAAACUCACCAUCUACCUGGAGGAGCUGGACAAGUCUCCAAUCAGCUUCAACUUCUCAGUGAAACAAGAGAUCGAAGUGCAGAACCUGAAGCCAGCGACAGUGACGGUCUAUGAUUAUUACCAGCCAGGUGACAAUGCGAUUACAGAAUACAACGCCCCCUGCAGCUCAGCAGAUGUCAAGAAGGAGGAUUCCCAGUAAAGCCCUCUGGCUCUGAGCCCUGAAUUUCUCAAUCUGGGCAUCACUGCUGGUAGGGGAAGAACUUCCCAGCUUUGGCCUCUUUUCUACGAGGCUCAUUUCUGUUCCCCUUCGCUUUCUCUCCUUCUUUUGAUCGGCACCCAUCUUCUCAAGGGGAAACCUGGCUUGAGGCACAAUAGUGUGGAACUGGGCUGUAACCCAGGAGAGCCAAAUUAAUGGGUCAGGACAUGCAAAGAGGAGAGCAAAGCCACUGGGGGUCGCAUCCAGGUGGGAUCCAUCUGCUGGAAGCAAGGAGGUAAGAAAGAAGGAGGAAGAGCUGGAGAAAACGGUCCCCUCCAGAUGCGCUGGGAGCUCUAUGAUCUCUUCCUUGCCUUGGUUUCUUCCUUUGCGUGGGAUUUCUUUAGGAAUCAAGGAAAGGCCUGACCUGCCAAGUUCAGAUUUGGAUCCUGAUUCCCCCAGAGCAGCAGGGAGUUUGCUUCCACGGUUUUGGUUCAAGCCCUACUGUAUUAAAAGCAAAAUGAAUAAACUGUACUAUGGAGGCCUGUGUGCUGUGCGCCUGUGGAA